AUGCUCUGGGCAAAGAGGAUCAAUGGGACGCCUUGGCUUUCUCCAGCACCAACUACUACGACUGGUGGGCAGCUCGCUGUGACAGCAGCUCGAAGAACUGCCUCUCUCACAAAGUCUGCCUCGACCGUAGUGAGUUCCCGUGCAUUAUGGAGACGCUGCAGGACAGCGACACGGACCACUUCCGCCCAGUCCGAUCUGCCUUCAAUGGCUUGGCAGUCUACAAAAGAGAUGCUAUAG